CCUAUUCUAUGUGCAUCUACGAGUCGUCUUAGUAAAAUCUCAAUUGUUAGAUAUUAUUAACAGAUGUUUUCAUUUUAAGUUGUGAAGAUCAUUACUUUUAAACAGCAUGCGGCAUGUUAUUAUUUAUAAUAACAUCAAAUGUUAAAUUGUUUGUUUUUACAAAUCUUCAGUGCAGUUUUAAUUUCGAGAAAUGUCGAUACCUCCACUUGUUUGUAGCACUCCUCCACCUCCUGAGCAAUGCGAGGAUGACAAAGAUACUGAAGAUUUUGAUAUGCAAUAUAAUCAUUCAAAUUAUGAUGAUGAUGACAACACUGAAUAUAAUUAUGGAGAUUUUAGUUCAUUUAAUCACUAUAAAUCUUCAUUAUCAGAAAAUAUUGAAGAAUCUUCAAGUAUAGGAAACAUAGAAAAUUUUGUAAAUAAUGGCAUUUUCAGUGAAUCUGACUUUCAUACUGGUAAAAUCACUGGGGCCAGUAUAACAAAUAAAUUGAGUACUGAAGAAGACAUUGUUGAAGAUCUAGGUUUAAAAUUAGAUGAAGAAUCUGUAAAUGUUAACAGCAAAAAUGAGCCAAAGGAUGAAGUAACAUUAACUGAUGGCAAUGAUGGCAAUAAUUCUAUAAGAGAAGAACUACCAAAUAUUCUAAGUAAUAUUAAUAACAAUAUGAGUAAUAUCCCUACAACUCAAAAUAUAGAUGAUUAUACUGAAAGCUUAGAACAUGUUGAAGACUUGCAAUCUUUUGAUGUAGUAGAUGAAAGUACUGUAGUAAUGAAUGAAAGUGAAAAAAAUCAAGAUUUGCAAAAUACAUCUGUUGUUGUAUCUGAAACAAGUAAAGAAGAAUUGGAUCGAUCUCUUAACGCUAAAAAUGAAGAUAUAUUGAAUGAAGACUUUGAUGACUUCCAAUUUAUUAGUUCACACAAUAAAGACAUUGACAAUAUUCCUGGUAUUGUUGAUACAAUCCAAAUGAUUGAAAAUCCUUGGGAGAAUGUUGAAACAGAAAACUCAGAUUUUGGUAAUUUUACAGCAAAUUUUGAAAAUAUUAACAGCAAUCAGUUAAACACAACACUGUCACAUACUGAUUUAUCUACUGAUUAUAACCAGACUCAAACACAGAAGAAAGCCACUCAAAGUGUAGAAAAUGAAGAUGAAUUUGGAGAUUUUGAUGAUUUUAAAUCCUCUGUUGUAGAAACUAUAGGAACUACAUUACCUCAAGCACAUGAAUCACUUUAUCAACAAGUACCAGUCUUAAAUUUACAAUCACCAGAUACUGAAGUUCAAAUAAUGGAAAGAAUAAAUAACAUAUUAACCUCUAUAUUUGAAGAAGAAUUUAAAGAGACUGAAGAAAAGUUUGAAGGAACAUUAGAUGGUUUACUCAGUGAAACAUGGGGUCACUUGGUUGAAACUGAUGUACGCCAACCUUAUAUGGUAAAUUGGAGUAAAUCUCUAGCACAAAAAACUCUAUUAAAAGCUUUAUGCAUUGAUUCUAGAAAUAUAUUAUUCAGUCCUAAGUGGAGUUGCAACAGUAUGCCAAAAUAUGCUGCAAAUCUUAGCACAGCACCACUUCAACCACAGAAACAAACCACACCAGGUACCAUGCAGCGAGAGAUUUCUAACAAUGAUAAAGUUACAAACAAAUCUGGAACCUGGACUGACCCAUUUACAUCAAAUGGACAGGAAUCCACUUAUGCUGAAGCUCUCCUCCUAGAUUUAGAACAUCUCAUGGCCACUCUAGACCAAAUGGCUCAUAACCAUUCCACUUUCAAGAUAUCAGAAUUGCUUUCACAUGCCUGUAGUAAUAAUAGUAACAAGACUGUCAUAGAACCGGCGCCAACCGAUUUAGAUGUCUUUGAAGCAGCGAUGUCAACAAAAGGAAACAAAAUAUACUCAAGCACUUUAAGUGUUCAACCUAUACGUCAAAUUAAUCUCCCUGAUACUCAUAUUUUUACGCCUACUGAUUCAGAAACUCCAAGGUCUAAAACAAUCCAUUACGAUUGUGGACCUGCGCCCACUGUACUUAUUCCUCAACCAGUAAUGGACAAUGUUCAAAACAAAGAAAAUAAAAUUAUUAAUUCUGUUGAUAAUGUAAUUAGUAAUAAUGCUGAGACUGAUGAAUAUUGGGAUUUUCAAGAUUUUAAGGGAACAUCUGGUACUAGUACUACACUGCAAAAUAUAACGGUAACUCAAAAUCAGCCACAAUUAAAAGAAGAAGCUACUUCAAAUACAUUACCUAAAACAAAUAUUAUUUAUGAAACGCAAUUGUUGGAACCUAUUAAAAUAGAACCAAUAAUGCCUACAUUGAAUUGGCCCGACCCUGGAGAAGUCAAAGAAACAUUUGAUGACUUUGCUGACUUUGUAUCUAGUUCUUGUGUUGAUAAACAGGAUGUCAAAGAUUUAAGACAUAAUGAUCACGAUAUAUCCUACACAACACAAAGUGCUUUAGUAGACAAAAACGUACCUACCGUCAUUAAAAAAAUGGAAAAGAAACAAUUAGCCAGUAGUAGUAGUUUCGAAGAUGAAUUCGACACCUUUCAAUCUGCUUUGUCAUCUAAUACAAAUACAACUUUUGAAUUUAAUUUUGGCAGUUUAGAGAGCAAGUCAUCACAAAAUGUCGAGAACUUAAAUGUAUCCACACCAUCAAAAACAAAUGAUUUCAACAUUGUUAAUUCAGUAAUGGAUAAUCUCAAGUCUGACAACAUAUCACUUCCUAAUAACGAAAAUACAACCGAUCCUUUGUCGACCAACGUAGAUAUUACAAGUUCUAUAGUAGUGAAUAUGAACACGGGAACAGGGUUAGCUCCAGGAAUUUCUAUAGAUAAUACAAAUAUGUUGCAACCAACGCCAAUAUCUCAUUCGAACCAAGUGCAGUCCAAUAGUGGACUGACGCAAACACAGCAUAAAAGUGGUCAAAUUUUACAACCACUAUCAUUGGAAAGCUAUUCACAGAUUAAUUGGCCAAACCCUGGUAUAGAUUUACAAGAUUUGUCACGAUUUAAUCCUGUGGAAUCACUGCAGUCUUUGAAAAACGAGUCUACUAGUAGCCACAGUAAAACUGCUUCUCCAGUACAUAAUAAAAAAAAUAUUGUAAAUAAUCAAAAUUCAGAUGACGACAUUUGGGGUGAAUUUGUGUCCAGUAAGCCUAAACAGCAAUCACAGCCACCAAAAAAGUCAACUUUUGUCGACGACGAUGAAUGGACAGAUUUUGUUUCAAGUCCAAAUUUAAAACCAAAUAGUUUGAAUACUAUCAGUUUUAAUGUCCAUACUAAUUCGAAUAUCCAGAAAUCUACGAAUCAAAAGAAAUAUGGAAUGAAAAAUAAUCAAAUACCUUUAGAUAUUCCUAGUUUGAAUUAUAUAACACCCAAAACUAAUAGUCAUAAUUCAUACAAUGAUAGACAUUUUCAAAAUUUAUAACAGCAUGUGCAAAACAGUAAUAAUAUUAUAUCUUAUAAAUAAUCAUUUGUACUUAAUUGUAGUAUAUUAUCUGUAAAUAGGGGUGGUGGUAUAAUAAAUAAUACCUAUACUUAGAAAACUGUUUUAGAAUUAUUGUAACUUAGAAUAAUUGUUGUAUGUAUAUAUAGAUUUAAACUCAGACCACAGUAGCUACUUGUUACUAAGUUAAAAGUUUCAGUAGCAAUAAAUAGCACAUUAAACAUAGAAAGAAUCCCGUCCCUAUAAUUUCCAUUAUAGUCAAAGAAAGAUUAUGUAUAUAUGAUUAAUAAUGUGUAGAAAUAAAACCAUUGCCUGGUUUAGUAAUUUAGACGCAAUUUUCAUGAAAAAAGCAAUAUUUAAUUUUAUCAAUUGUUAAUAGAAAUAAUUUCUUUGAUGUUUAUCAAUAAAAUUAAGUGCCUUCUCUCAAUAAGCCAAACUAACAACGGACUACUACAAUUGUCAGUAGUAAUACAAAAACCAUAUCAAUCGUUUUAGUAGAUAAAAACAUGUAACAUGUAAGUGAUCUAUACAUUCCGAAAUUGCUACAACAGACACCUGGUAAUGUAUAUAUAUUAAAUUAAUUUAUGGGAAAAUAUUCUCAAAUAAUACUAGCUAUUUGUCAAAUUAGAAGGGGGAAUCGUCUACUAACCGAGAGGACUGAUCCAUUGGUGUAUUGCCUUUGACGAAAUUUGGUCAUAAUCCAUGGUCUAAUCUUAUUACUUGUUCCUUGUUAGUUCAGGUUUUUUGGAAUAGGGUCCUUAAAAGCAUUAGCGCAGGCAAUAUUCCUGUACUAAUAUUCUUUAGAUACAUUAAACACUUGUGUAAUUGUUUCAAAUUGUACAUUGUAAAUUAAAAUUAUAAUUCCACUAAACUAUAGUUAGUAUGAAUUAGAUUGUAAAAAAUAAAUUUUGUUGGAAAUUAGAACAUUAACCAUUAUUUAUUUCAAUUAUUUAAUUUGUUGUCAGUAUUUUAUCAAUAAGCUAAAUUAUAAUUAUUAGAGCUUGUUUCACAAUUCGUAAAUGACUACUAAAUACCAGAAACAAAGAGCUUUAUGUGAAUUAUUUGUUUAUGUUUAUUUUUAUUUCCAAU